UGUCAUAAUUGACAUUUUUCUGAGAGACUAGUUGGACGAGAAUCGGGACAAUCUUGAAAAUGGCUUCUUUCCUGCAAUAUAGCGCUCGAAGGUUUUUGCAAACUUCUGCAAGAAGGGCCGCCCAUAUUGAGGGCCCCUCUGCUGUUUCUGGUGGAGAGGAAGGUGGUUAUAAAGUUUGGAGAAAUUUGACAUUCUUUGUUGCAUUCCCUUCAAUCGCAUUAUGCAUGGCCCAUUGUUACAUGGCUCAUAACAAGAAAGAACAUGAGAGACCUCCAUUCGUCAAGUAUGACUACAUGUAUAUAAGAACUAAACGUUUUCCAUGGGGGGAUGGUAAUAAGUCCUUGUUCCAUAACCCACACGUAAAUGCUUUGCCUGAUGGUUACGAAGAAAUUGAGGAACAUUAGAUUAUUUUUCUGCCUAAGUUAUGUAUAGUCAAAUAAAGUUUAGUUCUAAAAAAGAA